AUGGCAAUGAUGUGGUCGACACAUUUCACAGUCUUUCCAACGUUGAUCAUCCUUCCUUGGAAAAACUGGCAGGUGAUUUUUGAUUCCAUCUUACUAAUACGCAUGCUUAGAAUAUCAUCGUUUCAUCAUCAUGGCAACAAACAAAAAGGAAUAAAUAAAGCGUCAGUUCUUUAUUCAUUUUUAGAGCUCACAGCUGUAAUGAGCCGCUUUGAACUCGAUGUCAUUGAGGCAGGUACUCCACAAAGAGUUCGUUCAAAAUCUGAUCCAAGUCCCAUGGUUCGUCUUCCCAGAACAGUUGUUGUGAAGUCGUUUGAGAGCGUAAAUGAGCGGUCUGAUCAAGUUUUUAAUUUGUGCACCAAUAUCACCUUGUAUCCAAACGUCAUUCAGACAGGUGCUGUUGCUGAUCCAUGUUGCAAAGGUUACAUGUGGAGUGGUGAACUGCCUCCACGCAAUUAUAGCAAUCCUAUGUUUUCUAGCAAAAUUUUUGUAGGUGGAGUGCCAUGGGAUAUUUCGGAAACAGCUCUCAUUGAUGCUUUCUCUCCCUAUGGAGCUUGUCGUGUUGAAUGGCCUUCAAGAGAAGGACGCUCGCAUUCGAGUCAAAGGAGUCGCACAAAGUCGUGUACCUUUCAGGCCACUGGUUAUGUCUACAUAGUUUUCGAAACGGAACGCUCAGUUAAAUCGUUACUGCAAGAUUGUUCGCAAGAAUUUGGCUCUGCUGGCGAAUGGUACUUCAAAUUGAAAGCUCGUCGUAAUCAGAGCAGCGAGAUCCGUCAGGUGCAAGUGAUCCCGUGGGUUGUCUCGGAUUCGUCAUUCAGCGAUGGUCCUACAUGUAUUAUGGAUCCAAAAAAGACAGUCUUUGUUGGAGCAUUACAUGGAAUGAUAACGGCUCAUGUUUUGUUUUCGAUCAUGAACGAACUCUAUGGUAAUGUAGCGUUUGUUGGGAUUGACACUGACAAGUAUAAAUAUCCAAUAGGUAGUGGUCGUGUCACGUUUUACUCUCACUCAUCAUAUUUUCAUGCUAUCGAAUCGGCAUUCCUAGAGAUACGUACGAGCAAGUUUUGCAAAAGGGUACAGAUUGACCCAUUCCUGGAGGAUUCCUACUGCAUGGUGUGCUUUGAAUAUCCGGGGCCAUAUUUUUGUCGUGAUCGUACUUGUUUCCGUUACUACUGUGCUACAUGCUGGCAGGUGAGGCUUGCAAAAUCCAUUGCUUUAGAUUCUUUGUCUGUGAAUGAUUGCCCAUACACUGUGCCCUCUGUUGCAGCCGUGGCUCCAUUGGGAGGGAUGGCAGCUGUCGCUGCGGUGGCUCAAGGGACCGUUCCGCGUCACCAGCGUCAUGCCUAUCAGUACAUGCAGCUAGCACCGUCGUAUCCAUCAGCUGUAUUCUCGCCAACAAUGAUGCAGCAACGUUGUCGUAUGGGUUCUAAUAUGACACCGGCUCCUCUUGUUGCCGGUCAGGCAGUCACAUCUCCUACACCAUUCAUCCACCAGCGUCUCUACUGA